AGAAGAAGCAAACAAAUAAACAGAGAAGAGUUUUCAUUAUUUUAGGCAAAUUUGCUUGCAAAACGUCAUAUAAAAAGUGUCCUGGUGAAAAUCAACAGUACAAAAAACUUUACAGGUAUGCCAGGACAUCGGUCAAGUUUGUGGAAUUGCUAUAAAAAAGAUCCAAGCGGUACGAAAGCGAAAUGUUUAAUUUGCGGCCAGAUAAUGUCGUUGGCAAAAUCAACGUUCACAAAUUUGCGCCGACAUAUUCUACGAAAACAUCCCCAAAUACAAGAGCAAGUAGCACCGCAUCAGACGAACACGUUGGGUAACAAAAUAUGGAUCCAUUUCAUCAAGGAACAAGGCAAACGAGGUAGAUGUCGGUAUUGUGAUCGAUCCAUCAGCUUUCAAUAUACAACGUCCAGUUUGGCCAGACAUGUGCGAAUCCAACAUCCCAAUGUAUGGUUGGAUAGCGAAAACUUAACAGUAGCUCCCAACCAGGACUAUGAUAAAUUGUAUCACGAUGAAGCUGUGCCGAAUAGCGUCGAUGGACUAAUAUCAGUGAACGAAUCGGAUGGAGAAUUUGAAGGCAGCCGGAAUAAUGGGCUUAUCGAGUUGCAACCCGUAAAAAACGCAGGAUUAAGUGAACCGAUUAAACUGGAAAUAAUCGAUUUGAAUCCGCAGCCUAAACGUAAUGAUGAGCAACAGCAUGAGCAGAUCGAGAGAAACACCAGAUUCCAGUCAGAAAGGGCACGUCGCUAUGAUCAAAGAUCCUUGGAGCAGAACGACUCCGAACAGGAAUAUGAUAUGGGGGAAAUUCUGGAAGAAACGGUUAUAGGACAAAUCAUCGAUCCUAUCAAAACAGCCGAGACCAUGGAAGCUGGUUAUACGAAGAAUCCAUUUGAUAUGAAGCAUCUACCGACAAAAGCAGCAGCAUAUGCGACUCAUAUUGCGCUGGAAAUUGAAAGUCUACAGCCGCGGCAAAGGGCCAUAGCCCAGAAGCUUAUCUCGGACAUACUGUUUAAUGGGAAGUUGGAAAAUUUAACCGAACAUUCCAUGCUGAUAGUGCGAGUUGGUACGUUCGAGCACGAAUAGAGUACUGACCAGUAAGGCAUUAGAAGUUUUUGUAUUCAUAAUUGUUUACUAAUUUCCACUAAUGCCUACGAUAAGGAAUAGACGGUGUUUUUUUUGCGUAAGACAUGGAUUUGGUUUAAUUCAAAAUGAUCUUUCUAUCCAUGAUUCACAAGAAUUGAGCCAAUUUUUCAACCCUUCAGACUACGUAAAACAUUUUAGUUCAGUUAGUUAAGAUACCUUUUUGCGUUAGCUAAAAUUUUAAUUAACAGUAGCUUAACAGUAAUCAACUAGAGUAGACUCGUAAAGCUGCAACAAUGAAACGGAAGAUGCUACAAUAAAACAUGUCUUGA